ACCGAGCCUAUCAAUGUCCGCGCUCACAAUGGAAAUCGGCCAAUCACCGUGGCGACAUGCGAACCUAUCAAUGUCCGCGCUCACAAUGGAAAUCGGCCAAUCACCGUGGCGACAUGCGAACCUAUCAAUGUCCGCGCUCACAAUGGAAAUCGGCCAAUCACCGUGACCCCUCCCUCCCUCAGACGCCCUCACGCCCCCCACCACCACAAACAAAACAAAUUUCGAAUUUUAUUUUUAAAAAUAAAAACCGUUGGAAGAUUCUGAAAGUCAGAUGUCAGUAGCCUAGCUUCGUUGAAGAAGGAUUCGUCAUCACAUCAUUGAUCUCUCGACCUAAACGAUCUUGCUGUGAGUACCCAUUAAUAUUGUUUAUUGUCUGUUGUCGUUCAAACAGAUUUCGUAUUUAUAAUUGUACAUCAGCUAAAAUAAUAUAUUGUGGGUUAAAUAAAAGGGCGACAUAAUGAUGUCAUGUUCUGAGUGCAAGAGUAAGGACACAUUUUAUUUUAUAAUAUAGUAGUAACAUUUUAAGUUAAAAUGUAAAUGCAUACUGAUGGAGCGGUACCGCCAGGCUGGGGCUGCACCUCCAAAGGUGCUGUAUGUGGACUGUGGCUGCUGUAUUAGUGAAGGCCUCAGCAAGCUGCAGGCCAGGUUUGGAGGGUGGCCAGAUAUUUACAUUCGCCUGGACAUUUGGCACUUUAUGCGGAGGCUGGCUGUUGGUUGUACCACGGAUGCCCACCCUCUGUAUCCUGCUUUCAUGCGGGCACUGUCCUCCUGCAUUUUUGAGUGGGAUGCAGGGGACCUUGACCUUCUUCGACGAGCGAAAGAAAGGCAGCUCCAGCAGGAACAGAGGCCAGGUAUAACCAACACCAUGGUGGACAGGCAGAUAACCAAGAAGGAGUUGAGUAAUUUCUGUCGUAGGAGGACACGGGGAGAGGACAUCACUACUGUCCUUAUUGAACGACUGCUGGAGGAGCUGAAUGGUCCAAAAGGGAGAGAUUUGAUGGGGGUUCCCUUACUGGAUGAAGUCAGGAUAAAACACAUCUGGGGUGUCCAAAAACGGCAUGUGAAAUGCAUUCAGGAUGUUGCAGGGAUUCAGUUGUACACUGAGGUGGGCAGUGUCAACAAGAGCGGAAUCAAGUUGACACGUUAUCGCUGUUCACGAGGCUCUACAUCCCUGGAGUCAUUUCAUUGUCAUUUAAACAGGUUUAUUCCAGGAACCAGUGCAAACUUACUGAAUUUCCAGCUCUACCUCCUGGAAGGCCUGAAUAGAUGGAAUCAGGAUCGGGGUUCUGCAGCAGUGACCAACAAACCAUCGUCUCUUCUGACAUAUGCUGGAGACAUGACUCAGUCCAUAAAUCAGAACAGCUUGAAGGUGCUGGGACGAGAGUACGUCCCACAAUUUAUGCCCCCUUCAAAGUACACAGGUACAAAUGAAAUAUGUGAAGGAUAAACAGUUUAAGAUAAACUAUAGUAUAAAAAAAUCAAUAAUAUGUAACAUGUUUUGGAAUGUUU